AUGAUUCCCGUCAAGCAAAACAACUGUCAGCAUGUGACCCCUAUUAUCCAGCUUCAUGUCUCCAACAUCCCCACGACCCCGGGCGACCUGGUCGAUUAUGGUGACUUCAAAGAGAAGUCUGCACACAUCAACUUUGCAGGCCAUACUGAGGACGCAGCUCUCUGUACCGUUCUCCACAAAACAGGCGAGGACAGUAAUGCUGUAUGGGACACUGCUUACGAUAACACACUCCCUGAGUUCUAG